AUGGAUACCUACCAGUCCCAAGCACUGUCUCACUCCAGAGAGAAAACCGAUGAAUCUUCGUCUAAUCUGCUAGACUUCUCUUGGCUCGAUACUCUUUUACCCUUGCCGAUUCCUUCGAUCAACCCCGACCCUGAUAACCAGCCAACGUUAUCUUCAAUUGACGUUCUCCCCCAAUCUUACUCACUAUCCCUGCCCUCCAAUACCAAGGACACUUCGACAGCUACCGAAACAUUGCCAACCGUCCGAAUUCCCCACGCUACUCACUCGUCUCCUCGCCCUCGAACACAUGCUGAGGGUGACACUCAGUCCGUACCGCUCGUGCAAAAUGAACAAAUGCUUGUCAUGCUACGAUUUAUCGAGGAUGAGCCUAUCGUCGGUGACGGGAGAUUAAAGGCGAAAGAGCAUUGGAUGAGUCAGGACACAACACUGUGCUGUAGGAAGUUGACGGUAGAGGAAGUUGAAUAUCUAGGGUUGAUACCGGUAGUAGAUGAUGUUGGUAGGAGGACGGGGCAUCAAUACUAUACCAAGUGA